AUGAAGUUCGGCGUGUCUGCCUUCCUCAUGGGCCUCGCUGCCAUCUCUGUGGCCGCCUCCCCCCUGCCUAUGGCAGAUACCUCUGUUGCUGAUCGAGAGGUCCCCCGUGACUGGAUUUCCUCCCCUGUCAUUGACCAUCAAAACGAAUUUGGGGAGCCCAAGCAUGUCCAGGCCAGAGAUCCUAUGCUGACCACCGAUUUGAAGGCGCCUUCCGCCGGUCUGAGCAACCGCGCCAACAAAUCCAAGUUUAAGAUCCACGUCGUUAGCGCCGCCGCCCGGGUGCUCGGCAUUAUCAUUGUUGACUACAACAUCAACCCAUCAUCCGAGAAGGAAGAGACCAUCUCGGCUUCCUUUGAUAAGCUCACCAAUGUGAAGACGAAAGGGAAGAUCGUCGCCACCCACUUCAAGGAAAGCACAGGCCGUCGAGCCACGCCCCAGCAUGCUAUAUUCGACUUUGCGACGGGCAUGGUUUCUGGAGUCAUUGACUUGACCUUGGACGGUGCUGGUACCGUUACCGGCAUUGCCUCGUCCGCGGGCGUUCACCUCAGUGGCGCCGUCGUCGCUAAGAAGCUCAUCAUCUUUAACGAAAAGAAUACUAAGAUCGGCUCUGUCGACCUUUAA